GAUGUCUACCGAAGCACCACGAUUCUGAAACGCAACAAAGAUAAGGCAGAGAAAUCGUUUGAAACGUCUACAGAUGUCUACAGCGCGGCCAAGAACAAACCACUCGGGUGCAGACAUGAUUGAUCGUUUUAUCGACAAUACGAUGUUCAGGGAUUAUAAUGAAGCACAUAAGGUGAGGUUGAACGGGAAGUAUAUUGAGCUUCAAUUAACUCGGAGGUUUAUGGCAGAGGUGGUUACGUUGCCUAGUCCGCUUGUUAAGCGCAUUUUGGAGAAAAAUAUGGAGGAGAAGAUGCGUGUCGGUGAAAUUAAAGAAGGUGAUUCGGUUACUGUUGACCUUGGUUCUGAUGGGAAGAUAUUGGUUCUUGACAGUAGAAGCGGUACUCUGGCGGAAGAGGCUGAGGAAGGUAGCAGUGGUGCUCCGGCAGAAGAGGCUCCGGCAGAAGAGGCUGAGGAACCAGUUAUUGUCUAGAUGUGCGCCCCAUUGUCCUUUUUCCUGUGGUGUUUAUUUAUUAUUAUUUUUUUAUCGUUCUGGCUAUGUUGAGGUGACUGUGUAGAGCCAGUGCAACGAGAAUGAUUUAGAGUGCUCUUUAACUUCAGAAUCGUUCUGGCUGUGUUGAGCUGACCUCCCAGUUGUUAUAGUAGACUAAAACUUUCCUAUGUAAACAAUUUAUUUUUAAUAAAAGUUUAUUCGUUCGAGAA